AUAUGCUAUUGGACGAGCGCGUUUUCCUUUCACAAUCUGUUUUUGAAAUGGCAGAUGCGGAUAUUGAACUAUGUUUUAUGGGAGAAUCCUUUCCCGGGUUUCUUUUCACAUCCGUUUAUGGAAUGACAGAGGUGGGCAUUAAGCAAGUCGUCGUAGGCGAGGCGUCAUUGGACAAGUUCGUCUUGGCAUACCAUUUAUAUUCUCUCUCUGGGAUAUGAGAGGCAUAUAAAAGGUGGACAGGAUAUGUCUUUACAGCAGUAGUCAAGACUACAUGGCUUUUGCACCCCUCCUAGCUGUUCUCUUCCUUCUCGCCGUUGUACGCCAGUCCGACGCUGCCCUCACGAAGCGAGUGGCAUGCGCCGACGGUGUCCACACCGCCACCAAUGAGGCCUGCUGCGCCCUAUUCCCCGUCGUAGCCGACCUCCAAGAGAAUCUGUUCGACGGCGGAGAGUGUGGAGAAGAGGUACACGAGUCGCUUCGUUUGACCUUCCACGAUGCAAUCGGGUUUUCCCUUACUCAAGGCGGUGGUGGUGCUGAUGGAUCUAUCGUCACCUUCUCCGACAUCGAGACGGCCUUCCACGCAAACAACGGAAUCGAUGGAAUUGUGGAAGUACAGAGGCCUUUUAUCAACGCGCACAACAUGACCGCAGGAGACUUUAUCCAGUUGGCUGGCGCAGUUGGGGUGUCCAACUGUCCGGGUGCUCCACAAUUAAACUUCUUAUUGGGACGUCCCGAAGCCACUGCCCCCUCCCCAGAUCUACUCGUCCCGGAGCCUUUUGAUAAUGUGACAACUAUCAUCGCGAGGUUCGCUGACGCAGGGUUCGAGUCACCUGAAAUUAUUGCUCUCCUAGCUUCGCAUUCAGUCGCUGGUGCCGACCACGUGGACCCGACGAUUCCGGGCACUCCCUUUGACUCAACCCCAUCGCUCUUCGACACUCAAUUCUUUGUAGAAGUCCAAUUACGAGGCACCGCCUUCCCCGGGAACGGCAGUAAUCAGGGUGAAGCUGAGUCUCCAUUGGCUGGAGAAAUACGAAUUCAAUCAGAUGAGAUGUUGGCUCGCGAUUCUAGAACAUCCUGUGACUGGCAAUCCUUCGCCAAUGAUCAGGCAAAGAUGCAGACCGAUUUCAAGGCUGCUAUGUUGAAGCUUUCUACGCUCGGACAAGACGUAUCUAAUAUGGUGGAUUGCACCGAGGUGAUCCCCAUCCCUCUAGCAGCUGUUGCGAAAGCCGCGCACUUGCCCGCUGGAUUCGAUAUGAGUGAUAUUGAACAGGCGUGCGCUACUGCUCCGUUCCCCACUCUUACGGCUGAUCCUGGCCCUGUCACCAGUGUUGCUCCAGUUCCACCAUCCUAAGAAACUUACACAAUGUGGAAGUUUUCUCGUUCGUUGACUUGAUAUGCAGAAUAGUGUGUUCCGGAAGGUUUUUACCUAAUGUGGUUGUACUAUAUACAUUUGUGAUUCGUAUAUGUUGAUAUGUGUUGUCAAUUCA